GCAGGCAGGAGGUGUUUGAAGAACCAUGUCAGCUCCUCCAAUGAUGCAAAGAAGGAUCCCUUUCGCUUUUAUUCGAUUUUUUUCGCCUUCUAAACAGUUGUGAACAUGCACGCUGUAACUUAUUACCGCGGGAAAGCUUUUUUCACAAGCAAAGCGUUGGACCUAAGUGUGGAUUUGCUCCAAGUUUUCCGACAGAACUCAUGAAAGCCUCUUCAGAGCGACGGGUUUAUGGACUCGCGUAUUAGCUAAUGAUGUCUAUGGGUUUCAUGCAUGACAGUCUGAAUGCCUCAGAUCCCUCCAAAUCGGCCUUCCUAGAGUUUGGCCACGGACAUCCGGCGCACCAGCAGCACUCCCCCGGACUCUCUCACAUUUACCCCGUCCAUGGCUUGCACGCUGCUGGGCAUUCCCAGCACGAAAGUCCUUUUCCCGGCAGCGCGUCCUACGGCCGCUCUCUGGGCUACGCCUACCCGGGCGCGGUGAACACUCAUCCCCCGUCUGCUUACAUGCCGUACCAGCACAGCAAUCACAGCAACAGCAGCAGUCUGGCCCACAGCAGAUUAGAACACACAGAUCGCGAGAAGUCCACGCAGAUUGAAAGCAGGGACAUACGUCUGAAUGGAAAGGGGAAGAAAAUCCGAAAACCUCGGACCAUAUACUCCAGUCUGCAGCUGCAGGCUCUGCACCAGCGCUUCCAGCAGACCCAGUACCUGGCCUUACCAGAGCGCGCCGACCUGGCGGCCAAACUGGGACUCACCCAGACUCAGGUGAAAAUAUGGUUUCAGAAUAAGCGCUCCAAGUAUAAAAAGAUCAUGAAGCAUGGCAGCGGAUCAGAGGGUGAACAUCUCCACAGCACGAGCUCCAUCUCCCCCUGCUCGCCCGGGUUGCCUCAGCUUUGGGAGGUCUCUAUGGCGAACAAAGGAGCACAAAUGCACCCAAACAAUUACAUGAACAGUUUUGGUCACUGGUAUCCAAACCACCACUCUCAUCAGGACGCAAUGCCCAGGCCUCAGAUGAUGUGAGUGGAUUGUUUUUUGGGGUGCGGGCGGCACUUCACACUGAACUUGCUCCCGAGGCCUCUUCUCAGAACUGGAUCGUGUGUUUGAUAGAUUUUGUCCAUAAAUGUAUUUCGCGUGGGUUUAGAAUUCAAAUUAUUCGACCAGGCAUCAAAUACUUUUUUUUAAUUUUAAGAUUUGUCUUAAUGUCACUGCAACUUCUGCUGCACUGCCUCGACUCACUAAUGCGUGCAGCUUAUCAAGAGACUUUGGAUAAAGGGUUUUUCUAAAUAUAUUUUGUUAUCAGCAAAUGAUUUUCUGCUCCAAGAAAAUCUUGAGCAUUAUGCAAAUAAAUAUCUGUUAAGUUGACGUUAUUUUGAGGAAUCUAUUGUGUGACAUGUUUGUUUUGGUUGCUGCCCUAUCAGUGAAACGUUUUCACUGUCAAAUAUUUUGAAAGGAAAC